AUGGCGGGGGCCGCGGCCGCGUUGCUGCCCCUGCUUCUGCAGCUCGGGAGCCUGGCGCCGGCCGUGGGCGCGAGCGCGGGAGGUGGGCUUGCUGGCACCCACGACUCCCAGCAGCAGGCACAUGCCCACUCCUUGGUCCCUGCUGGGGGCCUGCAGGAGCAAUGGCGCCCCCUGGAGGAGAAACUGGGUUGGCUGGAGGCGGAGGUGACGGCGCUCAGACAGCAGAACAAGGACCUGCAGGCCAGAGUGAGGCGGCUGGAGGCCUGCGACUGCCGCCCGGCCUCUCCCCAGUGCUGGGGGCUCGGGCGCGCCUGGCCUGAGGGUGCUCGCUGGGAGCCCGACUCUUGCACAGCCUGUGUCUGCCAGGAUGGGGCGGCGCGCUGCCACCCCCAGCCCCACGGGCCCCAGUGCCGUGGCUGCAGCCACAGUGGUCAGGCCUAUGGCCACGGGGAGACCUUCUCCCCAGAUGCCUGCACUACCUGCCGCUGCCUGGAAGGGGCCAUCACCUGUUCCCCGAAGCCGUGCCCAGGAGGCCCCUGUGCUGAGCCAGGACCAUGCUGCCCACACUGUGCACCAGGCUGUGAGUACGAGGGCCAGCUGUAUGAGGAAGGGGCCAACUUCCUGUCCAGCUCCAACCCUUGUCUCCAAUGCUCCUGCCUGAGGAGCCUGGUUCGCUGUGUGCCCGUGACGUGCCUGCCCAGCCCCUGUCCUGAGCCUGUCCUGAGGCCUGGGCACUGCUGCCCAACCUGCCAAGGCUGCACAGAGGACGGCACGUUCCGGGAACAUGGCCAGGAGUGGACGGCGCCGGGGGACCCCUGCCGCGUCUGCCGGUGCCUGGAGGGCCACAUCCAGUGCCACCAGCUAGAAUGCGCCAGCACGUGCCCAUACCCUGCACGGCCCCUCCCGGGCACCUGCUGCCCUGUGUGUGAUGGCUGCUUCCUAAAUGGGCGGGAGCACCGCAGCGGGGAGCCGGUGGGCUCCGCGGACCCCUGCGUGCACUGUCGCUGUGCUAACGGGAGCAUCCAGUGUGAACCUCUGCCUUGCCCGCCCCUGCCCUGCGCACACCCAGGCAGGAUCCCUGGGCAGUGCUGCCCGGCCUGCGACGGCUGUGAGUACCAGGGACACCAGUAUCAGAGCCAGGACACCUUCAGCCUCCAAGAGAGCGGCCGCUGUGUCCACUGCUCCUGCCAGGCUGGUGAGGUCUCCUGUGAGCAGCAGGAGUGCCCAGUUGCCCCCUGUGCCCUGCCUGCCUCCGGCCGCCAGCUCUGCCCAGCCUGUGUGCUCCACGGAGAGGAGUUUGCAGACGGUGUCCAGUGGGAGCCUGACGGCCAGCCCUGCACUGCCUGCUCCUGUCAAGAGGGGGUGCCCGUGUGUGGGGCUGUGCUGUGCCCCCCUGCCCCCUGCCAGCACCCCACCCAGCUCCCUGGUACCUGCUGCCCCAGCUGUGAGAGCUGCACCUACCAUGGCCUUGUGUAUGCCAACGGACAGAACUUCACCGAUGUAGAUAGCCCUUGCCAGGCCUGCCAUUGCGAGGACGGCACUGUCAGCUGCUCCGUGGUCACGUGCCCGCCCACGACCUGUGCCAGGCCCCAGCGUGGACCCGGCGAGUGCUGCCCCAGGUGUCCGGACUGUGUCCUGGAGAACCAGGUGUUUGUGGAUGGUGAGAGCUUCUCUCACCCGGGGGACCCCUGCCAGGAGUGCCAGUGCCGGGAAGGCCAAGCCCACUGCCAGCCUCGCACCUGCCCCAGCGCUCCGUGCGCCCACCCGCUGCCGGGCACCUGCUGCCGGACCGACUGCAGUGGCUGUGCCUUCGGAGGCAAGGAGUACCCCGAUGGUGCGGACUUCCCCCACGCCACGGACCCCUGCCGCCUCUGCCGAUGCCGGGGCGGCACCGUGCAGUGCCUGGCCCGCCGCUGCCCGCCGCUGCCCUGCCCAGCGCCCGUCCUGCCGCCGGGAGAGUGCUGCCCGCAGUGCCCGGGUAGGACCGCGCCCGCCGACUGCCCGCGGCCCGGGGGCGCGGGGCCCGCCCGCCACCUGGAGCGCUUCGCCCCGGCCGGCGAGCCCUGCGUCCGCUGCCUCUGCCUGGACGGCGCCGUGUCCUGCCAGCGGCCGCCCUGCCCGCCCGCGCCCUGCGCCCACCCGCGCCCGGGCCGCUGCUGCCCAUCCUGCGACGGCUGCCUGUUCCACGGGAAGCAGUUUGCCAGUGGGGAGCGCUUCGCCUCGCCCACGGUCGCCUGCCACGUUUGCCUCUGCUGGGAGGGCGGCGUGAGCUGCGAGCCCAAGGCCUGCGCCCCUGCGCCGUGCCCCUUCCCCGCCCGCACCGGCUGCUGCCCGGCCUGCGACGGCUGUGAGUACCUAGGGGUGUCCUACCUGAGCAGCCAGGACUUCCCAGAUCCCCGGGAGCCCUGCAACCUGUGUACCUGCCUCGGAGGCUUCGUCACCUGCCGCCGCCGGCCCUGUGAACCCGUGGGCUGCAGCCACCCGCUCACGCCACCAGGGCACUGCUGCCCGACCUGCCAGGGGUGCCACUACCACGGGGUCACUGCCGCCCUGGGAGAGACCCUUCCUGACCCACUCGACCCCACCUGCUCCUUCUGCACCUGCCAGGACGGUUCUAUGCGCUGCCGGAAGAAGCCAUGUCCCCCCGCUGUCUGCCCCCACCCGUCUCCAGGACCCUGCUUCUGCCCCGUUUGCCACAGCUGCCUCUCCCAGGGCCAGGAGUACCAGGACGGGGAGGAAUUCCAGGGGCCUGCAGGCAGCUGUGAGCGGUGCCGGUGCCAGGCCGCCCAGGUCAGCUGUGUGCAGCUGCAGUGCCCACCUCUGCCAUGCCCGCACCACGUCACGGAGCCGGGGAGCUGCUGCCCUCGCUGUAGAGGCUGCCUGGCUCAGGGGGAGGAGCACCCUGAAGGCAGUAGCUGGGUGCCCCCGGACAGCCCCUGCUCCAUCUGCACGUGUCACCAAGGCGUCGUCACCUGCGCCCGCGUCCAGUGUGUCAGCUCCUGUGCCCAGCCCCGGCAGGGGCCCGGGGACUGCUGCCCUCAGUGCCCCGGCUGUGAGCACGGGGGCCGGAAGUACGAGCCUGGGGAGAGCUUCCAGCCCGGGGCGGACCCCUGUGAAGUGUGCAGCUGUGAGCCGCAGCCUGAGGGGCCUCCCAGCCUUCGCUGUCACCGGCGGCAGUGUCCCAGCCUGGUGGGCUGCCCCCCAAGCCAGCUCCUGCGCCCUGGGCCCCAGGACUGCUGCCCCACGUGUGCCCAGGCACUGAGUAACUGCACAGAAGGGCUGCUCGGGUCUGAGCUGACCCCCCCAGACCCUUGCUAUACCUGCCAAUGCCGGGACCUGACGUGGCUCUGCGUGCGCCAGGCCUGCCCUGAGCUCAGCUGUCCCCUGUUGGAGCGCCAUACCCCCCCAGGGAGCUGCUGUCCCGUGUGCCAGGACUGUGUGGUGGAGGCUGGUACCCGGAGGGUGGCAGAUGGAGAGAGCUGGCGGGACCCCAGCCACGCCUGUGUCACCUGCACCUGCCAGCGGGGCCACGUGGAGUGCCACCUGGAGGAGUGCCAGGCCCUCUCCUGUCCCCCCGGCUGGACCAAAGUGCUGGAGGCCGGCAGCUGCUGUGAGCGAUGCCAAGCCCCGGCCCAGUCCUGUGUGCACCAGGGCCUCCAGGUGGCCUCCGGGGAGCGCUGGGCCGCGGAUGCCUGCACCAGCUGCUCCUGCGUGGCCGGCACCGUGCGCUGCCAGAGCCAGCGCUGCCGGCCCCUGUCGUGUGGCCCCGACGAGGCCCCCGCCCUGAGUCCUGGCAGCUGCUGCCCGCGUUGCCUGCCGCGGCCCGCUUCCUGCAUGGCCUUCGGAGACCCGCACUACCGCACCUUCGACGGCCGCCUGCUGCACUUCCAAGGCAGCUGCAGCUACGUGCUGGCCAAGGACUGCCGCGGCGGCGACUUCAGCGUGCACGUGACCAACGACGACAGGGGCCGGAGCGGCGUGGCUUGGACGCGGGAGGUGGCGGUGCUGCUGGGAGGUGCGGCCGUGAGGCUGCUGCAGGGCGGAGCGGUCACGGUGGAUGGGCGCGCGGUGGCCUUGCCCUUCCUGCAGGAGCCGCUGCUGUACGUGGAGCUGCGGGGCCGCACCGUGAUUCUGCACGCCCAGCCCGGGCUCAAGGUGCUGUGGGAUGGAAAGUCUCAGGUGGAGGUGAGCGUGCCAGGCUCCUACCGGGGCCACACCUGUGGGCUCUGUGGGAACUUCAAUGGCCUGGCCCAGGAUGAGCUGCAGGGCCCCGAGGGGCUACUCCUGCCCACCGAGGCUGCGUUUGGGAACAGCUGGCAGGUCCCCGAGGGGCCGGGGCCUGGCCGGCCUUGUUCUGCAGGCCGGGAGGUGGAUCCGUGCCGGGCAGCAGGCUACCGUGCCAGGCGUGAGGCCAACACCCGCUGUGGGGUGCUCAAGUCCUCCCCCUUCAGCGGCUGCCACGCGGCGGUGCCCCCGGAGCCGUUCUUUGCCGCCUGCGUGUAUGACCUGUGUGCCUGUGGCCCGGGCCCCUCAGCCGACGCCUGCCUCUGUGACGUCCUGGAAGCCUACGCCAGCCACUGUCGCCAGGCAGGGGUGGCGCCUGCCUGGCGGGGCCCCACACUCUGCGUGCUGGGCUGUCCGCUGGACCGGGGCUUCGUGUUUGACGAGUGUGGCCCGCCCUGUCCCCGCACCUGCUUCAACAGGCACAUCCCCCUGGGGGAGCUGGCCGCCCACUGCGUGAGGCCCUGCGUCCCGGGCUGCCAGUGCCCCGCAGGCCUGGUGGAACACGAGGCCCACUGUAUCCCACCGGACGCCUGCCCGCCAGUGCUGCUCACAGGGGAUCAGGCACCCCACGCUGUGCCCACCCCUAGCGGGGAGCCCCAGCAGACACCCUGAGCCAGAACAUCAGGCCAGAAGUCUCCUCUUGGUGAGCAGCACGCGCCUGGCCAGAGCUGCAGGGACGGUGCCCUGUGCCC